AUGAAUAUCCCUGGUCCGGUGAAGCAGGCUCAAAAAUCAGCCAUUCAGUUGAAUAGUGCUGUAGCUGGAUUUCUCAACCAGGCUUACCUUGGAGGUCUUGCCUUCGGUCUUGGCGGCAGUGGGGCCAGUUAUCCCACUGUUACUGGUGACGUUCGCAACCUGGGAACAAACUCUUCUGGUGGCCUGCUAGGCUUAGCUUCCGCUGCUGCCUCGUCUUCCUCGUCCGCUGCAUCUUCGUCGACUCCUGCUACUUCUGUUUCUGUCGGUGCUACAGGAACUACUGCGGCUUCUAUUGUUGGUGGCGGAAACGGCUCAGGUGUCGGUGGGACUAUAGGACCCGGCGUCUGUGGGCAGUUUGGCGGUAAGUCGAACGAUAUCAAUAUGACCCUUCCAGCCUUAUCAAUCUUUUCCUCGUGUCCAUAUAUUUAUGAAUGCCGAAAAUACUUUCUUUCUUGA